AUGAAGGGCGGCGUCAGUGUGGUUGUAAGAGACUCCACCGGCAAAUUUGUGGUGGAUUGUGCAAUUAAAUUGACUAAUGUUUUCUCUGCGUCACAAGUGGAGGCUUUGGCUACAAGAAUGACGCAAGUGGAGGCUUUGGCUACAAGAACAGGUACAAUAUUGGAGAUGGAAAGGGGUUUUCAAAAUGUUUUCAUUGAAAGUGAUGCUCUCCAGAUCGUUACAUCACUUCGAAGUCCCUCCAUAGAUAGGUCUAUCAUAGGACCAGUGGUGGAGGAUACCAGGAGCUUGCUGACACAGGUCACUGGAGAAGGUUUUACCCAUGGUGUGGCUCAUCGUUUAGCGCAUUUUGCCUUGCAUAUCGGGGGUUCUCUAUACUGA